UCCGCCACCCGGCCGGCAGUGAAGUUGACAGGUGCGGAAUUUGCCUGUGCGCCAUCUUGCCGUUGGCUUCCGUCUGUGCCGUAGUUGGAAUCUGAAUCUUGAACUUUCUGAGGAGAGCAUCUGAGCUUCAGAGUUCCUAUCAGGUUUCUUUGCAAGGAAAUAGACCAGCAGCUUCAAUCAACUGCAGUUCUGUCAUACCUCCAUGAUGUUUCCCUUGGUCAGAAAUGCACUAAGUAGUCUCAGGAUUCGAAGCAUUCAGCAAAUUAGGGCAAGACAGAGCCCCUCAAAGCACUCACCAGAUUUUCAUGACAAAUAUGGUGAUAUUCUACUAGCCGGCGGAACCACUUUCUGUGUUGUUGUAUGGGUGUUUACAGCCACACAGGUUGGAAUAGAAUGGAACCCCUCCCCUGUUGGCAGAGCCACCCCAAAAGAGUGGAAUGAUGAGUAAACAUCACAGUUACUGUAACACAGAAUUGUCUCAAAGUCAGCUUGUCAUUUAAAUACUCUGCUGUGCAUUGA